AUGCUUGGGAACAGAAGUGGACAUGAUGACAGAGAGGAGGAUGAUGGAAUUGGACAAGAGGACAGAGAAGAAGAUGGUGGAAGUGGACAAGAGGACAGAGAAGAAGAUAGUGGAAGUGGACAUGAUGACAGAGAGGAGGAUGAUGGAAGUGGACAAGAGGACAGAGAAGAAGAUGGUGGAAGUGGACAUGAUGACAGAGAGGAGGAUAAUGGAAGUGGACAAGAGGACAGAGAAGAAGAUGAUGGAAGUGGACAAGAGGACAGAGAAGAAGAUAGUGGAAGUGGACAUGAUGACAGAGAGGAGGAUGAUGGAAGUGGACAUGAGGACAUAGAAGAAGAUAGUGGAAGUGGACAUGAUGACAGAGAGGAGGAUGAUGGAAGUGGACAAGAGGACAGAGAAGAAGAUGAUGGAAGUGGACAAGAGGACAGAGAAGAAGAUAGUGGAAGUGGACAUGAUGACAGAGAGGAGGAUGAUGGAAGUGGACAUGAGGACAUAGAAGAAGAUAGUGGAAGUGGACAUGAUGACAGAGAGGAAGAUGAUGGAAGUGGACAUGAGGACAGAGAAGAAGAUAGUGGAAGUGGACAUGAUGACAGAGAGGAGGAUGAUGGAAGUGGACAUGAGGACAUAGAAGAAGAUAGUGGAAGUGGACAUGAUGACAGAGAGGAAGAUGGUGGAAGUGGACAAGAGGACAGAGAAGAAGAUAGUGGAAGUGGACAUGACGACAGAGAGAAGGAUGAUGGAAGUGGACAUGAGGACAUAGAAGAAAAUAGUGGAAGUGGACAUGAUGACAGAGAGGAGGAUGAUGGAAGUGGACAUGAGGACAGAGAAGAAGAUAGUGGAAGUGGACAAGAGGACAGAGAGGAGGAUGAUGGAAGUGGACAAGAGGACAGAGAAGAAGAUAGUGGAAGUGGACAAGAGGACAGAGAAGAAGAUAGUGGAAGUGGACAUGACAACAGAGAGGAAGAUGGCGGAAAUGAACAUGAUGACAGAGAGGAGGAUACACCCAUAAUGUAUUUGCUGUGCAUCCCCAAUCACUUAAACGUAAAUGUGUAA